AGCAGCUUAUCCAGCUGUCUGAUAAAUUUGCCGCAGGUUAUCCUCUGUCGGCUUCCGGUCCCGGAAAUUCAGUAUGUAUAUGAACGAAGACGGUACACGGUUCGUGUACACAUGGGACGCUGUGGAUGUGGAGAUGGACGGUUUGCUGCAGCACGGCUACAUCAUCGGUCUGGAUGACACCGAAGGGACUCCGCGUCUGAUCGUGGAUUUCGGAUGCCCGACACAGAACUCGGUGCUGGUGGAUUACGGAAAGGUGUACAGCUGCUCCGCCCAUCCGUCCGGCAGGUGGCGCCGUGAGCCGGGGGUGGCAGUGGAGGUGCUGCUUUUCGAGCGUCCAGAUCGUCCCUGGAAAUGGUAUCCCGCAACCAUCCUCAUCGAGGCUUUCGCUAAAUUGUUCGACCACGACUUGGUGGACUGGCCGAAUUACGCCGACUUCGCGUGGGUGGAAGGGACACUCGGUGCUCAUCAUUUUCGCGAACUGCUGCUCUUUCGACAGAUCCGUCCCCCGUCGACGGAAAAACAACUGCAGCGAAAGCUUCUGCAACCGGGUCAUUUCGAACUGCGGACGUGCAGCGUGCCGAACGGAUACUGGACGCUGCAGGGAUUCCUGACCGCGGAAGUGCUCCGGGAAGUGGAGCGGAAGUUCAACUUGCGGUUUACCAAGAUUCUCAGCCAGGAGAUGCACUACGUGCAGCGCCGCGCCCCGCGUCCGAUCCCGGAUGCCACGAUUGUAGUGAUCGACUGCGCCCUCAACAAAGGCUUCCAGUACAGCCGUACCACUCCGACCUUCCUCCAGUGGCGCGUCCGUGGACCGGUGUACGGUCUCCGUUUCCAAAGUCCGCACCAUGCCGUGGCCUUUGCGGCAGCCAUGGACUGCGCCGUCGAGACGCUGAAUGGCUCUCCCGCAGCGCCCACCCCCGACAGACGACGAAUCCGCUUUAUGAACGGACCGUCUCCGCCGCGGGUGGCCCUCACCACCUACGCUCCGGAUCCUCAUCUCCGCCAGCGCCCGGCCAACGUCGAAUCGGCCGCACUGGACGCGGCGGCCUGGACGCAGUGUGUGGAUUCGCGCCGCAUUGAUCGGCAUCCGGAGUACAGAGCGAUUAGACAGCCGGUGCUGCCGCGGACCGAACCCGUCAUCCAGCUGGAUUUCGAGGAACAUUGGGGCAAAGAGUCCAGCUUCACGGGCAUCAUCGGCGCCGCUCACGAAGGCCCUCUCGGCAAGCAGCCAGGUGAAGGGUACACUGCACGUGAUGACACAAACGAGGGCGCCGUGGAGGAGCAUCCGGGAGAAGACCCGAUGACGAGGGACAGCAGCAGCGACGCUGACGAGUGUUGGCCUGGAGCGCCGCAGGAAAACGAGCCCGUGGGUGGCGGGGCGGGCGUGGGGGAAGACGGGGACACCAGCAGUCCGGAUUCAGAUGAUGAUGAUCCCGUGGAGCGGGAGAAAGCACUGCAGAAGUUUAAAAGCGACCUGGCUGAGAAGCGCGCCAGUAGCGCAUGGGGGCGACCGGUACCACCAAAGAAGCCGCUGAUGCCGGAAGAAUAUAUGGAUAAGCUGCAAAGUAGACUGUCCAGCAGAGGAUGCUGCUUCUACUAUUGUGACCAUUGUGGUUACGGUGGCACGGAGCCGACCGGCUGGUGGAGGGGAUCUGCCCUGGACCACUAUAUCGGGCGAUAUUCAAAAAAAGACAAGAAAAAAGGUCAACAGCCCUGCGGCGCAUGGAAGCUCCUGUAUCCGGAUGAAUUUAGGGCCAACCGUCUGCCGCCAGUUCGCCUUCGAUAUCGGUAUUAUGCCGAUGGAUUCAAGGGCGAAAUAUCAGAGGAGUGCGUAGAAGAAUGGACGCCAAACGAUGCCAAACGCGGCAUCGUGCAGGAAAACGGUUUACCCAGGAAGAAUGUGUUGCUUCCAGUCGACUAUGUACAGCCGGACAAAAACCAGCAAGGGGAAAGAAAGCGCCGAGAAGGUGAAAGAAAACGGAAAUUGUCGCUGGAAUUUCUUCAGGCUGUGUGUGGUGUUAGUGCGACGGGACUGGAGGCGCAACGCGAGAAAAAGAAAUCCAAGGAGAUAUCCGCGUCCAGGACAACUGCAUCCGCACUUAAAAAAUUUAAGGAAUCAACGUAAGACGGCAUCCAGUCGCAUUAGUCCGCUGAUCAGUACUGCCGUUUCUGCUGACCCGAAGGAUACUGUAAGCAUGUCCUCCUCGAGCGGGAAUGGUCGCGCUGGCCGGAGUAAGAUGCGGGAUGAUGCAAGUGCAUCUGGCGACGCAACCAUCGCUCGGCUGAUGAGCUUGUGAAAAGUCUUGGAUGUUGCGUUGGAUAACUUCAAUAACUUCUGUUUUGUCGGAUUUUACAUCUGCAUCUAAGUGUUACGGUUUUCAUUCAUUGGUACUGCGUGCACAAUAAGCAUGUCUCAUGUCUAUACAGAUGGGAAUUGCCUUUGACUUUUGUACGACCGUUGUGCAUACUAUGAGAACAGUGUUAUGUUAAAAUAUCGGAAUUUAA